AGUGUGGGAGAUCCAGAGAAGAAGUACACUGGAUGGAGACCUAUUGGCAGUGGGGGGUUUGGAACCGUUUAUAAGGCCUUCAACGCUGCCACAGGACGAGCAGUGGCCGUAAAGCAAGUUAAUCUCCAGCAGCAGGGCUGCGAGGAUGUGUUGAAGGAAAUCCUGGUCAUGAAGGAAUAUAAGAACCCCAAUAUUGUCACCUACCUAGAAAGCUACCUUGUCAGUGAGGAUGUCCUGGUGGUGUUGGAGUAUAUGGAUGGAGGCUCCUUAGCUGAUGUGGUCAGCAUGAAAAGGAUGGCUGUAGGACACAUAGCAACAGUGUGUCGGGAGUGCCUGCAAGGCCUGGCUUUCCUUCAUGCCAACCAGGUGAUCCACAGAGACAUCAAAAGUGACAACAUCCUUCUGGGCCGGGAUGGCUCCGUCAAGCUGGCCGAUUUUGGCCUCUGUGCUCCGCUCAGCCCUGAGCAGAGUAAACGGAGGUCGAUGGUCGGGACCACUUGCUGGAUGGCACCCGAGGUGGUGAGAAGACAGCCAUACGGCCCCAAAGUGGACAUCUGGUCCCUUGGCAUUGUGGGAAUAGAAAUGGCCAAAGGAGAGGCUCCUUAUAUUCGGGAAACGCGUGAGAGGGCUAAGUACCUGAUAGGCAAGCAAGGCGUACCAGACCUGCACAAGCUCAGGCUGCCCUCUGGCUUGUGUGAAUUUCUGGGCUGCUGCCUGCAGAUGGAUGUGGACAGGCGAGGCUCUGCCAAGGAACUUCUGCAGCAUCCAUUUCUCCAGUCAGCAGAGCCUCUCUUAAGCCUCUUCUGACAGCCUGAUCGCUGUCAUCCCUGCAGCCAAGUCAUGCAGGAAGCAAAGGAGAUGACAAGGACCACUUCAGCACUUGGAGAACUGAACCUGUGAGAACAGAUCACAUGGGCCCCUGCCAUCUAAAUCCCAACUCUAAGGGCUUUUCAAAUGAAAAGGAAGGAAACUUGCAGCGAAGCAAUCGAGGAAGCAGAAGAGAUGACCAGGACCACUUCAGGAUUACUUCCUCCAAAGGCAGCUUGGAGCUGGACUCACAAUAAAAGUCCUAUACACCCCCAA